UCGGGGCUUCCGAGUUUAUUAAGCUAGCUUCUGCCUGCAUCUGUGUACAUGUCGUUAAGACGCUGAAAACGUCGCCGCGUCGCUCCGGAGCUCACAACAAAAGACAGCAUGAAAACGCCGAGGGCUCCCACCGUCGCCGACGCGUGUGAACAUUGAGCCGUUGUCGUCAGGAGCGCUGCCCGGGCGGAGAGGCGGAAUGUCAACAACGCGGCCCCUCCUCGGGAUGAGGCGAGUCACCGAGCUAACGUGCCCGGAGCAGCCGAGCGCCAGGCUCGCCGCGUCCGCCGACAGGCAGCAGCAGGAGGCCCCCGCCACCGUGGACGAGUUCGCGGUGCUGGAGGACAAGGAAGAGGAGCUGAAAUGUGCCAAGCCGCGAGUGGAGCAGGUUUUUAAGGUGACGUUCACCAUCAUUGGUCUGUUGGACCACACCGGACAACCGCACGGCAGCAAAACAUUACGGCAGAUAUGGCUGCAGCUCAUAGGGAACAGAGACGACGUGUCAAAAGCAAAAGAGUACGUGCGAGGACUCUGUGACCCAGAACUGCACGAAGAAGAGCGCUACCCGGUGGACAUGCACUGUAUCUUUGCCGGCGCCCGUGGCCUCUUCCUGGACAGACUCAUACGGGACACAAGUGCAGAGGUCCAGGUGCCGGAACCCGGCCGCCUGCGGCUGCUGGGUCAGGCCGAGCCUGUCGUGAUGGCCCAGAGCCGAGUUCAGCAGUUUGUAGCACUUUUCCAGGAAAAGCGAAGUCUUCCGAGUGACAGAGAGCCAGCGGUGAAGCGGACGUUCAAGUCCUUUGUGGAGGAGAGGGAUGAUAAAUACACCAUGGAGCUUCUCCUCCUGCCCAGUGCCCUGAAAGAAGAGCUGCUGGGACUGGCUCACAGCCCCACCAGCACCAACGCAACCUCCCUGGCCCAGCACAACCAGACACUGCAUCCCAGCAUGGCAGAGGUCGAUCAGGACCGUUCGCAGAGCAGCACCCCGGUGACGGAGCUCUCCAACCGCAUCCUGGACACCAGCUUUGAGGAGAAAGGGGCCGCGGCGGGAUCCGUCAACGGAAGCGGUAAAGUGGCAGGCUUGGGCCACGAGGCCGUUCUGCUCAACGGCGCGCGGCCCUCGCACAAGCGGCGCUCAUCCGAGAGCGAGACUCGGGACACAAAGAGACAGUACUCUCUGGAGAGGAGGGACGAGUCGCCGGAGAGAGCGAGGGAGCGGGAGCGGCAGAGGGACAGAGAGGGUCGGGGUAGUGGUGGUGGUAGCAGCUGUAGAUCCAAAACGCCCUCCGCUACAUCGUCGCUCUCCUCCUCCUCCUCCGCUGCUAAAGCGAACACAGUCAGUCCACUCCUGCUGGACUCCAGUGAAGGCAUCUCGGAUGAAGGAGAAGCAGUCAGCCCAGAGACAAACCUACGCUGCUUGGUCAAUUUCUUCAGGACCAUGGGUUACCAGCAGGAGGUGGUGGAGCGUGUUGUCAAGGAGACGGGACAGACCGAAGACACGUUCCUCGUCCUGGAGAAGAUUGUCGAGGAAACCAAGCGCUGUGAAGAGGGGACAAAGGGAGGAGGGGGCAAAAAAGAGCGGUGGCUCAAUUCUAUACGCUCCACGGACACACCCUCCUCCUCUACCUCCUCAUCUUCAUCGUCAUCAUUGUCAUCCUCCUCCACUACAGUCUCUCGUCUCAGAGAGAAGGAGCGCGAGCUCAGCAGGGUUUUGGUCGACCCGGGCAGGUCCAAAGAGAACAUUAAGCCCAACCAGCGUGGAGGCAGCAGUAACGGGUUGGGCCACCGGAGGCAGUGCAGCGGCAGCGAGACAAGCACUCAGCAGGCAAUCACCAUCAAGAGGAGCUCCAGUGCUCAAGGAGGAGCGGGGAACUACGAGGUCAUCACGAUUGAUGACGACGACGACAACGUCCUCACGGAAACCAAAACGGCAGAUGGUAGCGGCAUGUCCCGGAUGAUGGCGGCACACGUCGUCGACUCCCACUCGGGCUCCAGAACAGACUACCUCGCGAGAGGAGGGGGCGGAGCCUCACAGAGGGACUACCUGUCGAGGGGCGGGACGCAGACGCUGGGCGGAUCGGUUAAAGUUGAGACUGUGACGGCGCUGCGGAGCACGCCGCAGUGGCUGGCGGCCACCACCACCUCGCUGGCUUCCGCUCCCACUUCUGCUCAAUCCAUCAGCCGGCCCUCGGCCUCUCCCUAUCAGACCAUCGGCCACACGGGGUUCCACGGCGGCGUAGCCAGAACGCCUCCCGCAAGCGACCCGCCGGCACCGCCAGUUACUGGCUUGUCUCGCUUCAACCAGUCGCUGAAGACGCCUUACACCCUGAAGCUGCCGAACGAGCCCGGACGCCCGGAGCUCAGACACAUUAUCAUCGACGGCAGCAACGUGGCCAUGGCUCACGGCCUUCACCGCUUCUUCUCCUGUCGAGGCAUCGCGCUGGCCGUGGAGACGUUUUGGAGGCGGGGCCACAGGGAGAUCACGGUGUUCGUCCCCCAGUGGCGUCAGAAGAGAGACCGACUCACAACAGAGCAACAUUUUCUGAACCAGCUGGAAGACCUGCGACUUCUGUCCUUCACUCCCUCCAGAGAAGUGUGUGGCCAGAGGAUCUCGUCACAUGAUGACAGGUUUCUGCUCCACCUCGCAGAAAAAACAGACGGCAUCAUCGUAACCAACGACAACCUGAGGGAUUUCGUCAACACCUCGGACACGUGGCGAAGGAUCAUCCAGGAGAGGUUGCUCCCGUUCACGUUUGUGGAGGAUCACUUCAUGAUCCCUGAUGAUCCUCUGGGGAAAAACGGACCUCACCUGGACCACUUCCUGCGCAAGGACAUCAGGAGAAUGGCAGUGACUCCUCCCCCUCGGAGACCACCUGACUUCCGGCCGCCCUCCCAGCAGCAGCAGCAGCAGCAGCAGCAUCAGCAGCAGCCAGUUUACGUGCAGGCGCUCCACUCCGCUCCGCGCGCCCCGGCCUCCACGCCCAGGCCGCCUCCUUCCCUGACGCCGCACCCCACGACGCAGUGGCCACACUCUGGUCCCCCCGAGUGGCACCAGCCGCGGCGCUCGCCCUCCCCGUCGCCCUCGCCCCCGCCGCAACGGUCGGCGGGCGAGACAUCGGAGCUGAAGAGGAAGCUGUACGACAUCUUCCCCGACCAGAAGCAGCGCAUCGACCGCAUCCUCAGGGACAACCCGUACAUGAGAGACCUGAACGCCCUGUCAGGGCUGCUGCUGGGUUAAACAACUGACACACACACACACACGUUAGCAUAUAAUUUAUUUUGCCACAUCUUUCAGCCCUGGACGACAAUUUAAAGUUGUUUUUUUUAUUCUUAUUUUUUAUGUACAUUAAGAUCAUCAAACUAGCUGCUAUUGGCAAAUGUUCUUUCAUGGCGAUGAACGUGAACAACACUGGCAGCAGCAGCAGCAGCAAAUCUUUCAGAUGAGAUCGUCGACAAAGAGUCCAGACGUUCCGUGAAUGUGCAGGGGGACGAAAUGAAAAGCGUUGUGGACCAAAAAGAACUGGGUUUCAUGAGAAUGUGGCUCCAGUUCUUUCUCCGACUGACUUCUAACACCUUCACACACUUUUUUCAUGAUGGGAUUAAUGAAACAGGCAGGUUUUAUUUUGUUUUCCAGUUAAACAUCUGCAAGAAAAAGUUUAAACUUAGAGCCUAGGAUUAGACCUGGUAUUAACUUGUUUACUUAAUUUCUAAUCAAUCUAAUUUUGUGAUUAGUGAAUAUUUUCUGGUUUCUUUGCUCCCCGUGUUACAAAGAAAUCAUUAAAACUGACAUUUGAGAACAGCUUCAUUUUUGAAGUUCGGGAACCGACAAUCAACAUUUUUUGGAGAAAGUAAUGAACAGAUGAAUCCAUUUAGUCGGAUCCUUCCUGAGUGAUCUGGUCCCACGUGGACCUUUCAAGUUCAGGUUUGAAUGCGUCCGUGUCCGCCUCCUUGGCUGACGUUUGAGAAAUCUCUACAGUCGAGACUCAUUUCAAACAUAAUCGAGUUCCUCGUUAACAGACUUGUGUUUGAAUGCGGCGACGUUUUGUAACGCCAGAUGUGAACAGUCAGUCGUACUUGACCCUGCCCACGUUGCGAUCAAAUCUCUCAGGAUUGUUGAAGUUAAAACCAGGUCUGAACCGGACCGAAAACUAAAUGAUCCACGUCUUGUGUCUUGAUCAGUUUUCAGCUCAAGUUUAAAGGUUUUUACCUUCGUUUUCUUGCCUGUGAACUUGGAUCAGUUUCAUGAAAACAGUUUAAAGGAGUUUAAAUUUAAGAGCAGAUGAAUCCACUGUUACACUGUAUCCCCUCCCUCAUAAUGUUUGGCCCUUUUUUGUUGAAAUUAUUAAUACACAUAAUUUAAUACACACACACAAAAAGCUAUUUUUUUAAAGGGAUAAUUUCCCCCCUCACCCCCGAACAAAUCCAAAGAAAAAGCUGUCUUGUGUCGUUUUUGUUGUUUUUUUCCCUCCGUCCUGUUGUUAAGAAGAGAAGAAGUUUGUUCCGGUUCAUAUACGCCAUGAAACGCCGUUGUUACGUUGUGACACAGGAGCGAAAACAGAACACUAAAUUUAAAGUUUCCCCUUCCUCCCUCCCCUCCCCCUCUCAAAACAAAAUACGAUCAUAUAUUUUUACUGAAAGAACAUUUGUAAUUAAUGUCAAAUAGUUGAAUUUAUUGCACUGAAGGUGAGUAAUGAUGUAAAAGGGUAAAAACAAGGUUUCACUGACAAAUCUUCAGAAAGCUUGUUAUUUUUUGUUUUUACUCUCACACACAAACACACACACACACAAAGAGACUGUGGGCUGCAGCUUGUAUAUUUAAAGAGUGUCUGAUUUUUGUAACAUACAAACAAACAAAAAUGUUGUCUCCUCGUAAGAAGAAGAAUCUGCACAAAGUCUUUACAAGGCAACAACAAAAUUUUGUUCGUACUGGCCCGUGUUGUCGUCGUGACGAUUACUGAAGGACUUUUCUGCUCUUUUUUUGGUUGUAAUUAUAAUUCUGGUUGGUGUAUAUUGGUUUGUUUUUUUGUAAAUACAAGCAUUUUUUUUGGCUACAGUGCACAUAUAUGGUUAUAUGUAUGUGAGAAAGUAAAAACUAAAUAAAACACAGCAGUCCAGUACAUUAACGCCCAUGUGUGCAUGGUCGGACAGUGGUUGCUGUUUUUCCUCUUCUCUCACCUA